GGCAGGGUCAAAACACAGGGAAGUUGGCAUCUCUCAACUGAAAUAAACUUUCAGAGAUGAAUAGGAUAAGACGACAAAAGAGGCUACGUUCUUGACAUAAAAACGCUUUGCCAUGGAGACAGAGCAUGUUGACUCCGAAGACGAACCACCGUCAAUGCUCUGGGGGCUGGAUCCAGUGUUCUCCGCCUUUGCCAGGCUGUACAUCAAAGACAUCCUUAUCAUGAGAGAAUCUCGCCAGAUCCCAGGCAUUUACUUCUUCAAGACUCAUCCGAUAUUCCAAGUGGACAUUCUCGGCGUUGUGGUGUUCAGGAGAGAGAGGGAAGACUUCUACAGCUAUGGAGUUGAUGACGGCACGGGGGUCAUUAACUGCCUCUGCUGGAAGUCGGACAAGUGGAAGGAGCAAGAUGAGCAGUCAAAAGGGGGCAGAGUAGCGAGCGCCUCUUCGUCUUCCUCCUGCACUGCUGGCCCCUCUGGGGGCUUCAACAUCGAGGAGCAGCUGAGGCGGCUGCAGCAGGCCCAGCGUGAGGCCUCCUCCCUGGACAUCGGAGACCUGCUGAGGGUGCGCGGCUCCGUCAAGACCUCCAGGGGUCAGCGCGAGAUCAUGUCCUCCACCUUCUACAAGGUGAAUGACCCGGUGAUGGCUGUGCAGAUCUCCUGGAUGCAGGAGCUUCCCCAGCUCUACCGCAGGUGCUACCUCAAGCCCUUCAACCCGACCAGUGGAGGAGAACCAGGCACCAGUAGCACAACUGCUGCUGGUCAGCCCUCGUUCUCCUCUGUCCUGGGCCGGGCCACUCAGGCGCUGAGGGACUUCCUGCGGGAGAAGGCAGUGAGGCGUUUCCGGCCGUACGACGUGGAGCACCUGCUGCACCCCUACAUCCCCCAGCUGGCCACGCAGGGCCCCCACAGCAGCCAGCUGCAGGCAUCAGCGGCGGGGCCCUCGGUUCCGUCUCACGUGCGUCACCUCCUCAGCGAGAGCCUCCGGAUCCUCCAGCAGGAGGGAACCCUGUUCCGCAAGGUCAUCUCCCAGGACGAGCUCUACCAUGUGACGGAGCAGGACAAAGACCUGCUGAUGGCCAUCAGGGACGUCAUCCAGGAGGACACCAGGCGGGAGAAAUAUGCGGAGAAGGGCUGCCACGUGCUGCACAUCCUGUCGAGUGUGCGGCGCCGCUACAGCCAGAACCUGAGCCGGCCCGCCCUGGAGACCGCCCUGCGCGUCCUGGAGACCACCAGUGACAUCAUCAGCACCAGCGACGCACACUACACCGUCGUCUGACGGCCACCAGCACCUGAUGACGACGAUCCGCACCGUGGAGGAAACAAGCUCCAGUCAGGACCGGAGCUGCCCAGCGCUGGAGAUGGCCCUCCACUUCCUGGAGAGAACCAUUGUGACGUCAUCAGCAGUACCAUUGUGAAGUCAUCAGCAGCACCAGCGACCCGCAGUACAGUACACUGUUGACCGACUGCCUUGGACCUCAUCUGCAACUGCCAUUGUUUGACAUUGCCUGGAUUGGAACAAUGGAGGGGUUUUUCUUCUAUUUUUGAACGGCAAAACUGACUUGGUUCCAGGGAUGAGAGAUUUAUUUUGUACUUUUGGAGACACCAAAGCCUUCAAGGUAGAGGCUUAAAUUUAAAUGGACAGGCUCUGGGCAGUAGUAACAGAGGCUUAUAGCAAAGCCAAAGCAAGAGCUAUAAGAAAGUGUGUGUGUGUGUGUGUGUGUGUGUGUGUGUGUGUGUGUGUG